ACUUUUCCAUUUUAUUCUUCUCUCUCGUUGUUCUUCCAUGGUGGCUUCAAACAUCACACACUAAACCAAAUCUACAAAAACACUUUCAAUUCGAAACCCUAACCGAUGUCACAAAUGGCAAGAAGAUCCACACAACUCCUCAAACACCUCAUAUCAACCCGAUCCCAAUCGGAUUCACUCGGUUCAAAGCGAUGGGUAACCUACAUGCACCGUCCCGGCGACGGCACACCGCGUCCCGUAACAAUGAUCCCCGGCGACGGGAUCGGACCACUUGUAACCGGCGCCGUUGAACAAGUGAUGGAAGCGAUGCACGCGCCUGUUUACUUUGAGAAAUUUGAUGUACACGGUGAUAUGAAAGCUGUUCCCACGGAGGUUCUUGAAUCGAUCCGUAAGAAUAAGGUUUGUCUUAAAGGUGGAUUGGUUACUCCUAUGGGUGGUGGUGUUAGUUCGCUUAAUGUUCAGCUUAGGAAGGAGCUUGAUCUGUAUGCUUCGCUGGUUAAUUGUUUUAAUCUUCCUGGAUUGCCUACGAGACAUGAUAAUGUUGAUAUCGUCGUCAUUAGGGAGAAUACUGAAGGGGAGUAUGCUGGUCUUGAACAUGAGGUUGUUCCCGGAGUCGUCGAAAGCCUUAAGGUGAUUACAAAGUUCUGUUCUGAGCGUAUUGCUAAAUAUGCAUUCGAGUAUGCUUACCUCAAUAACAGAAAGAAAGUGACUGCUGUCCACAAAGCAAAUAUAAUGAAGCUUGCAGAUGGUUUGUUCUUGGAAUCCUGUAGAGAGGUUGCCACCAAGUAUCCAGGAAUUAAAUACAAUGAAAUUAUUGUCGACAAUUGCUGCAUGCAGCUUGUUUCGAAGCCUGAGCAGUUUGAUGUCAUGGUUACCCCAAAUCUGUAUGGAAAUCUUGUUGCAAAUACUGCCGCAGGCAUUGCUGGAGGCACUGGAGUCAUGCCAGGAGGUAAUGUCGGGGCUGAACACGCCGUGUUUGAGCAGGGUGCUUCAGCAGGAAAUGUUGGUAAUGAUAAAAUAGCGGCACAAAAAACAGCCAACCCCGUGGCACUUCUUCUCUCAUCAGCUAUGAUGCUUAGGCAUCUCCAAUUUCCUGCAUUUGCUGACCGUUUGGAAACUGCUGUUGAAAAAGUCAUUCUAGAGGGCAAGUAUCGGACAAAAGAUCUUGGAGGGACAAGCACCACCCAAGAAGUUGUCGAUGCAGUAAUAGACGCCUUAGAUUGAUUAAUUUAGUUGCUGAUUUCUCGAUUGCAAGUCACCUUCGUAUAAUCUUUUCUAGUUAAUUUUAUCAACAUUGUUGUGCAUCCAUCAAAUUGGAAAUAGCAAUUUUUUUGUCGUGAAUAAUGUUUAUGCAACACAGAAAAUGAUGUAUUAUUUUUUCACCCAAAGAACAAAGAGAGUGAUAAGUGGUUUUCACUUUUAUUUAAUGAUUUGAUUAAUGUUUAUGCAACACAGAAAAUGAUGUAUUACUUUCUUUCCUGAAGAACAAAUAGAGAGUGAUAAGUGGUUCAGACUUCUA